AUGAAAGUGCGCAGCAUCGUCGAGCAGUUUGAGCGGAUGGCGGCCUUAGCCAGUGCGGGCGCUAGCAGCCACUCGAUUGGCUCGGCUGAACGGGGCGACGUCCAGGGCCUAGUGACGUACUACGACAGCCUGGCCGACGUCGAGGCCCCGUCUGUGAUUGGGACGUCCAAGGGCGUGCGUCCUGAUCGGAACCAGCGAAUGACAGAUGCACGUGACUCAGAGACCGACGAGGUAGAGCUGGAGCGGACCCAGGAAGAGCUGGAGAACAGUCGCGCACCGUUGUCGGCGCCGUCCAGACUCGAGUCGAAUCCUGUGACCAAGAUCCCGCAGCCCAAAUCGCGCGAGCAUCAUCUGGCGAUCUAUUCGCCACUGUACGUGCAGCCACCCGCACCUGUGUCCAGUCGAGUGCGCGGUCCUGUCGCGAGCUACGCGGCUUUUGCGGCCCGGAUUGAGAACUCACAGUCUCGGCUACUGGAAUUCGAAAAGGACGAGCGAUGGCUCGUACAAGUCGAGGCCAUGAAGGGUCGAGUCGAGGCACUGAAGCGGAAGUCGCACAUGGCUUUGGCAAAAGAAGUGGCCAGCAAUGCUUCGUCACGGAAGACGAGGAGUUUGAGCGAAUGCAGCGGCGUAUCUACGGCAUCCACUGCGUCCAUGUCGUCAAUGGAUAUGCUCGAAGUCAGUUGUGAGUAA